CAAAUAACCUCAACUACAUGCUGGGGUAACUACCUCAAGGGUUCAGUGAGUCAUUCACUGUGAACCUGAGCAGAUGCGCCUGCUGGCACAACAGAAGGAAAGCUGGUGGCAACAGUCCCUAGUGAAAGGCACCAAUGGGUGACAGACCCAUGUGGGAGCAGAGAAGAUCCUCUGCCACCUGCUGAGGAGAUACUGGUGUUCCUACAUCCUUGAUCUGUAUAUAAUUACCUUUAGUAUUAUUGGCAUGAGUGAACCUAAGAUGACUUCAAGCUGAAAUGCUGUGGUAAAUUUUACUCAGAAUUUAGUGGUUAAUAGAUUAAAUAUAUACACAAAAUAACAACAUAACUAUAAACUUCAUCUGUAACUGAAAUGGUGAAGUACUGAGGCCUAAACAAUAGGCCCCGAACCAAAGCUGACCUCUAGGUGAGUGUUACAACCCAGCAAUAUAUAUAUAUAAUAUGCAUAGUAUUGAUCACAUAUGCAAUGCAUUAUCUGUCUAUUUUAGUAUGAAUAUAUAUAUUUUGAAGGCAAUAUAUAAAAGCUUUGUUGUAAUGCUUAUUGUGUAAUAGUAACCAGCAGAAUGAUCCUCCUUUAUUUAGAGACACGUUGCAAGCCUGUGAAAUCAGAUGUCUGGCCUUGUUGAGAAAUAUGUGGUCAAAGCUAAAAUAGAUGGAUACACUCCCUUGGCUCCUCCUCGAGCCGUGGCCUGGCUUGGGCGGAAUCCAAUGGGGAGGGUGACACCAGAUGUUUCCGCACUUGAUGUUUUGCAAGAUGUUUAUUCAACUAUAUAAAAGCUGGACCCUCUUGCAGGGACUUUGGAGACCUCACCUACGAGUGAAUGCAGUGCAUAGGACCUCCCACUUCCCGGGACAGGUUCUCCAAAUCCUCACUGCAACUGGGGCUCUCCAGUGAUUGCGAAUCUGGAUGAUGGUAAAAUAUAAGGGCAACUGAUGACAGUCAUGUCCCAUUCUAAGGAUCUCAAGGACGACUUCCACAGUGACACUGUGCUUUCCAUUUUAAAUGAACAGCGCAUUCGGGGCAUUUUAUGUGAUGUCACCAUCAUUGUGGAAGAUACCAAAUUUAAAGCCCAUAGUAAUGUGCUGGCGGCUUCAAGCCUUUACUUUAAAAACAUUUUCUGGAGUCGUACUAUCUGUAUUUCAGGUCAUGUUCUGGAGUUAGAUGAUCUCAAAGCUGAAGUGUUUACAGAAAUACUGAAUUACAUCUACAGUUCCACAGUAGUUGUCAAGAGGCAGGAGACUGUAACAGACCUUGCAGCUGCAGGGAAAAAACUGGGAAUAUCAUUCCUAGAAGAUCUUACAGAUGUUAAUUUUUCAAGCUCCCCAUGCCCCUACGCAUACUGUGUUAAUGAAAAAGGGACUGUCAAAGAGGAAAAACAUGAAAAGAGACAUGAAGACUCCUCUGUGACAAAUGGACCACGCAUUACAAAUGCAUUCUCAAUCUUUGAAACAGAAAACAGUUUGUUUUCUCCGCUUGAUUUGAGGGCAAGCUUUAAAAAGGCAUCUGAGACAAUACAAGCUCCCAGCAUCAGCCUUGACAGAAGCGAUGUCUGCAAAGAUGCUGAGCCAGCCAGUACACUGGCUGAACACUCCUAUGCAGUUUCUUCUGGGGGAGACACUUUUCAAGGACCACCCUUUCUUGAGCAGGACAGGAGCCCUUCGUACAAUGUGGGUGAAGACCACUAUGAAAAUGUCCAAGCCACACCACUUGUUCAGCCGGGAAAACAAGCAUGUAAUACUCCUAAAACAGCUUCUAAGCCCCAAGGUACUGCUUUGGCUAUAGCAAAAGUACCUGCCUCUACAGUAACCACUACAGAAGCUCAACAAGAAGCAGUUACUGAUCAGACAAUUACUUCCCUUCCAAAACCUCAGAAUAAAGCAGGAGAUUUGCAUUUAUCAAGAGAAGAGGAAAACAAUUCUGCUAACGCCUCUGGAUCUGUGGCGACUGUCGUUCCGCCCGUUUACAAUUGUAACUCUUGUGCAGAAUCAUUCAAUGACAGGGCGUUACUGACUACUCAUCUUCAACUCCAUUCAGAGCAUCAGGAAACUUUAAUAUGCAAAUACUGCAGCAAACAAUUUGCAAAUCUAAAUAUACUGGAAAGCCAUGAGCAAGUCUGCAUGAGAUCAAGUGGCUUACCAGUUCAUAAUGGAAACGAACAAAAUUUAGAGGAUAACUAUACUGCUUCGGAUGGAAGGAAUGGGAGUUCAUAUGCAAAUGCAGAGCCUCUAUUGUCUGAGAACAGCAUCACUGAUUAUUCUAAUGCAAACCGCACUUUACCAGAAACAGAUCAUUUGGUUAAAGUCGUUGAUGGGCAGAUAUUAUAUACUUGCGUUGUCUGCAAGCGUAGCUAUGUAACAUUGUCUAGCCUUCGAAGACACGCAAAUGUGCAUUCAUGGAGAAGAACAUAUCCUUGUCACUACUGCAAUAAAGUAUUCGCAUUAGCUGAGUAUCGCACCAGACAUGAGAUCUGGCACACAGGAGAAAGACGGUAUCAGUGCAUUUUCUGUCUGGAGACUUUUAUGACUUACUAUAUACUAAAAAAUCAUCAGAAGUCUUUCCAUGCAAUUGAUCAUCGCCUCUCAGUUAAUAAAAAGACAGCCAAUGGAGGCUUGAAACCAAGUAUGUACCCAUACAAACUUUAUCGACUCUUACCUAUGAAAUGCAGGCGACUACCUUAUAAGUCUUACCGAAAUUCUUCAUAUGAAAAUGUUCAAACAAGUAGCCAAGUUAAUGAAACUGCUUCUACUAACUGUUUUAUUCAGAGUUCUCUUAGCUCUGAGCUACCACCACUGAAUUUUCAACAUAAUAUAAUAGCAACAAACAGAACUCUUGCCUUGGAUACAUCUUCAUGUAAUGAUGCAGCAGCUUCCACGAACACUCAGAAUUCUUCCUCUUGGGGAGUAGGGAUCUUAAAUUCUGACCUGCAAAGGGACUUUUUCACAGCUGAAAAAAGAGUUUCCACUGCAGCAAGUGACUCUGCUACUCAGGAGUGUGAUUCCUCAGUUGUGUCUUUAACUAAUGUGACUGAAAACUCAACCUCUGUCAUCAGUUACAGCAGUUCUGCCCCCUCUGUUAUAAUGCACAGUAGCAGAGUUUCAUCAGUUAUAAUGCACAGUAAAACAAUUACUUCUGUAGAAAACAAUAAGACACAAUCUUCAAAUAAUCUGCCUAGUCAGUCUGUAAAUGAUGAUUGUAAAUAUGGGACAGAUAAUUAUGGUAAGUGCAUUACAAAAUCAAAAACUAUUAAGGAUAAAAAGAAAACACUGCUGUACAACAGAGCAGAAGCAACUGAGGAUUCACAGCACAUCACAGGAUCUGGAGGGUCAUCUAGCAAAACAAUAAAUACCGUCCAAGAAUCAAGUAAGACUGAAACAUACAUUGCAAAGCCUGCCCUACCUGGAACAUCUACUGACAGCAAUGUUGCACCUCUUUGCCAAAUAACGGUAAAAAUUGGUAAUGAGGCUAUUGUAAAAAGACAUAUAUUAGGAUCUAAGCUGUUUUGUAAAAGGGGCCGAAAAUCUAAACAUGAGUCCAAACAGGACAAUCUAAAUGAGGAAUCAGAAAUGGAGGUGAAAGAAAGAAGCCCAUCUAGGCUUUAUAGCUCAGAAUGCCUGGAGCCAACAGAAAUGUGUGAUGACGUAAGUGACCAGGACUCCAGCGAUAAACCCUGGAGACCCUAUUAUAAUUACAAACCAAAAAAGAAAUCCAAACAGCUAAGAAAAAUGAAAAAGACCAAAUGGAGGAAAAAGCAUGGAAGCAAGAACACAAUUGUGGAAAGCCACAACACAAGCAGUAGAGAAUACGCACUCAGGAAUGCUCCUGAGGAAAAGGCAGUCAGUCAAGAAGAGAACACAGAAAUGCCUAAUCUUCCUUGUGAGCUCUGUGAGAGAGAUCAGUCUUCCACUGCAGAAAGUCAAGAGCACGUACACUGGCAUGGAGCUGCCUCAAAGCCUUACGUUUGUGAAUUAUGCCAAAAGCAAUUUCAAAGUCCAUCCACUUUAAAAAUGCAUAUGAGGUGUCACACUGGGGAAAAGCCCUACACUUGCAAAACCUGUGGUAAAUGUUUCUCAGUCCUUGGAAAUCUACAGAAACAUGAACGCAUUCACCUGGGUGUCAAAGACUUUGUCUGCCAAUACUGUAAUAAGGCAUUCACUUUAAAUGAAACGCUCAAAAUACAUGAAAGAAUUCAUACUGGAGAAAAACGCUAUCACUGUCAGUUCUGCUUUCAGAGUUUCUUGUACCUUUCUACCAAAAGGAACCAUGAGCAAAGGCAUGUACGUGAGCAUAAUGGCAAAGGAUAUGCUUGCUUUCAGUGCCCCAAAAUUUGCAAGACAGCAGCUGCUCUGGGAAUGCACCAGAAGAAGCAUCUAUUCAAAAGUCCAGGUCCACAAGACAGAAAGGAACAGUUUUGCAAUGAAAGCACUAAACUUUUGGAAAAUCCUCAUUUCCUUGGUUCAGAAGGAAGUGAGGUAAAAAAUACACAAAAUGUAACUCCAGAAGUUAUACUCUGAGUGACAGUUGUGAAGAAGAGAAAUUCAAAACUAUAUACUGGAGAAAAUAUGGAUGCAUUGAAUGGGGAAACAUCUCCAGUCAAAUUAGUACCAUUUACUAAGGUCAAAUACUUAUCUAAACGUGUCAGUAUAUGCAAAAGAAAGAAAAAUAACAGAAAAGAAAAACUAGUAUUUGCAAUAAUACAAACUUAAUAUGAAAGGCCCCAAAUUCUUUUGCCACAAUCAACUUCUAAUAUAUAUAUAUAGAGAAAGAAAA